AUGGCCUUCAGGCACGCGGUGGCGAAGCAGCAGCCUCGCAUUCCGGCCAAGCAGAAGCGGAGAACCUUCCGCUUGACCGUCAUUGCUGUCGGCGUCGCCGUCGUGGUGUGGAUCGUGUUCCACCGCGCGCACGGCACCGCCAUGCACCUCCCGCCCGCCCUCGGACAUCACGCCGCGUCCGACAAGGACGGGACCGGAGACGCCAGCGGCGGCACGUCGGAGGACUGGGGCGGACGCGACGGCGGGUGGGGGAGCGAGGUCGUGGCCGGGGAGGAGAUCCUCGCGGGCGGGGGAGGGUCGGCCGGCGAGGGCGCGCUCCAGUCGGCCGGGGAGGAGGACUUCCAUGAGUCAGUCGAGCCAGGGUUCCCCCCGCCCGGGGACCCGCCGACGGACCCGACGGAGCACGCGGAGUGGGAGGCGAUCGUCAAGCUCGCGCGAACCUCGCGAGACGACAUGAAGAAAGCCAUCGCCAAGCGCGGCAGCGACGACUGCAAGAAGCCGCGGGCCAUCACGGGCUACUUGGACCUGUCGGCAAACGGCAAGGACGAGUUCCUGUACUUCGCGCACGCGUCGUGGAAGCACAUCACGCGCGAGCCCGACGCGACGUCGAGCAUCGACCUCGUCGUGUUCGGGCGCUCCGAGGCCACCGCGUGGGUCGACGGCGUGUGCGCAGUCCUCGACGUCAACAAGGACCUCCGCGAGCAGCGCAAGGCGAUCCCGGACCUGCACGCGUGCCUCUUCAUUCCGUAUCCGCAGGACGAGGUCGUCCGGAUGCGGUUCGACUACCCGUACGGCAACUCGUUCCACUUCCUGUUUGACGACAGGGUGGAGCCGUUCUUCAAGGAACGGUACGGGUGGAUCCUGCGGUCGGACUGGGACGUCUUCUACGCGCCGCCGCUCGUGCAGCUGUGCCCGGACACCUACAUGACGGGGGUCGGCGGGUACACGGACUUCUCGAUGGGCAACGACGACGACCCGAACACGGCGCAGCGGCUCGCGGCGCUGGCCAAGCACUUUGGGAUGCGACACGCGGGGAUCCACAACGUCGGCUCCACGUGGUUCGGCCGCACGGAGGAGGUCCUGGUCCUCGGCCGCAUGACGUAUGCGCUCAUGCCGCACCUCCUGAAGUACCACUUCGAACAAAAGGACCCCAGUCUCGGGGAGGGCCCGCUGCACCUCCUGGACACGAUCGGGUGGCCGCGGUGGUACGCCGGCGUGACGCUGCUGUACGCCGGCGAGCUCGCGGCGAACCACCUGCUCGACGAGUUCGAGAAGACGGGGGGAAUGGACGCGAACAGUCACGACGCUGUGCCGGUGCACGAGGUGUUCACGAUCCACUGCUGGUGGACGGGGGAGCGGUUCAGCAAGGCUGGGUUCUUCCAGCACAAGUACGACGACUUCGACAUGGACGUCGAGGCGCUCGACACGUCCGUCGCCAGGGACUACUGCACCGAGAUCGCGCUGCUUGCGUACCGCGCCAAUACGAAGAUUGAAGCCAAGCGCGAGCAGGCGCUGCGAAAGAUCGUGGAGCAAAAGAGCGCCGUGCUUGCGUGA